UUCACAAUUUUUAAUGUGACCAGGGAAGAUGCAGCCUCUUACGUUUGUCAAGUUGGAUCAUCAUACAAAAUGAGUUUUGUCAAUACGACUCUUUUGAUCAUUCUUGAACAACGGCAUCACACUUUCUAUGUGAAACAAAUCCCACAAGCAUCAGUCACUCUGGGACGUCCAGUGCAGCUCCAGUGUUCUCUUGUGUCCAAGAACAGCUCCACACUGCAGUGUCCUUCUAAACGUAACGUGCACUGGUUCAGAUCUGGAGCAGGAGAAUCUCCAGGCAGCAUCAUCUACACUUAUGAAGAGCAGACUGAGGAGCAGAACCAGAGGAGAUGUGUCUACAGUCUGUCCACAACUAUACAGGACGUCAAUGAUACUGGGACGUACUACUGCGCCGUGACCACAUGUGGACAUAUCCUGUUUGGACCAGGGACAAGAGUGGAGAUAAGCCCAGAUUUGCUGCCAGUUUGUUUGGCCCUUGGGGUCCUGCUGCUCUGCUCUGCUGUCAUCAAUGCUGUGAUGUUCUGCCUAUACCGAAAAGCUGCUGCUCGCAAAGAUGUAAUACCUGCUUCCAGCUCCUUUGAACUCAUGAACACAGUUAUGGAGGAUCCAUCCAACAAUGAGGAGGGCAAAGAAGCAGGUGUCAACUAUGUCGCUCUGGAGUUUCCUCAGAGAAAAGUGAAGAGAUCAAACAUGAAAAAUGGAUCACAGCCAGAAUGUUUCUACUCAGCCACCAGGGAAUAUACUUGAAACAUUAUCUAUAUAGUGAAA